AGCCGUUUGAUGUGACUGAGCAGCAGCAUUCGCAGAUACAGAUAGUAGUUACUUAUUUACAUAGAUACUUGACUACUUAAUUAUUGGGCACUCGCUAGAACGGCAGCAUGAGCAGCACGCGCAAUGGACGCAGAUCGCCUCGCAUUUGGGGUGUAAUAAUUGCAAUAUUGUGCCUGAACGGGAUCGCCUUGGUCAUGGCGUGCGUUUCAGCCGUUGCCUUUUACACCGAGAAGCCUGCCUUUCUGCCCUCUUGUCGGAUUUACGAGCCUGGCUUUACAAAGUGUUCUACAAAUAGCAUACAAAAACUUCUUGAUCAGCUGAACAUUGGAAUACCUGAGGUGGUCGAGCGGUUCGGGCCCUUCGAUCCCAUGCGAGUGAGGGAUAUAGUGUUCAAGCAGGACAACAACGAAGUCGCCACCAUCAGGGCCAAUCUAACUGAGCUGGUGGUCAAGGGGUUUGCCAAGACAAAGGUCAAGGAGAGUCGCGUCAGUAAGAAAGACUUUGGCUGGCAGACCAAAAUAUUUCUGCCCAAAAUGAGACUGGAUGGAAAGUAUGAAAUGGCUGGACGUAUACUUCUCAUACCGCUAAGUGGCUCUGGAAAAAUAUUCAUUGAAAUCGAUGAUCUUGACAUUUUGCUACUAACAAAAACUCGAUUAUAUGAAAAGGGCGGUUUCACCUUCGACAACGUGACUGCGGUGCGUGCCCAACUAAAUCUGACUAAGGUGCGCACCUACCUGGAUAACUUAUUUAAUGGGCGAAGCAAGGAGGUCGAACGAAGUACCAACCAAUUCUUCAACGAUAACUGGCGCGAUUUCUACGAGGCUCUUAAACCGCUUAUCGUUGAGACGGUUGAAAACAUCCUCUUCGACGUAAUGUCCACUGUUUUCCACCUCAUACCGGCAAACUUUUUCGUAGAGGACAUACCAACGCCUCAGCAACUAUAUGGUCCCAAGGAAGCAGUCGCUAAAAAGCAUAGUUGAAUAAUACAAAUUGACGUUCAUUCACAGAAUGCCAUCGGAAUUAU